CUGCUUUCUUCUGAGCCUCCAGCCGUACUAUCCUGACACUUCGAUCCUGUCCAAAAUUAUCCUACAACUACCCACCAUGGUCAACUGGACCCCCGAGAAGCACCAGAUUCUGCUCAAGGAGAUCUUCAGGUACUGCGACAUCAAGAUGAAUAAGGAGCUCUGUCAGCACCUGGCGAACGUCAUCGGUGAGGGCUGCACCCCAAAGGCUAUCCAGAACAUCCUCUCCAACUUCAAGAAUCACGGACGCGCUGCAGGUGCUGAGCGUGGUACCGCAAGUCCCACCAAGACCACGCCUGCUAAGCCCAAGUCCGCUUCAGCAACGUCCACUUCGGCCAAGGCUUCGGGCGGCGGUCGCGGUCGCAAGAAGAACGUUGACGACGAUGCUGGACCGAACAACGACCUCGCCGAUCCUGCUUCUCCAUCUAUCGUUCGCAAGAGGAGCCAGACCGCCGAAGCCGAUGGCAUGAACAAGAAGAUCAAAAUGGAGAAUUCCGAGGACGACAUCUACCGAGACUUCUUGGCGACCGCUGAGGAGGACGAGGCUUCGCAGUUGGAGAUUUGAGUGGUGUACCUAGCUGUGAGUCGAUCAGUACCGCGUUGGGAAUGGUGUCUGGCGCGGAGUGGAGUGCA